ACUCAGAACGAAAUCAAACCAGGCAGCAGGCCUAGGUCUAUAUCAAACCGACUGCAGGAAAAAAAAGAAAGAGUCUCCAGUGGGAUAAAUCAGGUGAUCAAGCAGGAGUGACUUCAAAAUAAAAACGAGGCAAGGGAAAGAGACAAACUCCUAUACCCAAGCCCUGCCAUAAAAUGAAUUCGGACUCCAGCUCCAGCAGAGCUUCAUCUCCAGAUAUGGAUGUGAUGUACCUACGCGAUCAUCUCCACCAGCCACAAGACGGACGCCUGAAUUCAGUGUCCUCCACGCAAAAUGAGCUCCUGCAGAAGAUGGCGAGCGAGCAACUCUCCAAAUCCCCAUCCGGCAGCAAGUACAAACUCAAGAAGCAGGUGACGGAGACAGAGAUCCAGCAGCUGCGCUUAAAAAUCAACGGCAGAGAGCGCAAGAGGAUGCAUGACUUGAACCUGGCGAUGGACGGGCUCCGGGAGGUCAUGCCGUACGCUCACGGCCCGUCGGUGAGAAAGCUCUCCAAAAUCGCCACCCUUCUGCUGGCCAGAAACUACAUCCUGAUGUUGACGAGCUCUCUGGACGAGAUGAAGAGGCUGGUGGGAGAGAUUUACGGGGGUCAUCAUUCGGCGUUUCACUGCGGGACGGUGAGCCACACCGGUGCGCACUCGGCGAGCGCGGCGCACCAGGUGCAUCCUCUCCUCGGGAGCGCGCUGUCCUCGUCCACCUCCUCUGCGCUUCCCACCACGUUACCUGGACUUACCUCUAUCAGGGGGCCGCACUCUUUGAUGAAAAGCACCCCUGCCCCUCCACUGCACCUCGGGGGAGGUUUUCAGCACUGGGCAGGCUUGCCUUGCCCGUGCACUAUUUGCCAGGUGCCUCCACCUCCUCACAUUCCCAUCACUUCCACAGGACUGACGAGGCUUUCAGAAAACAAGGAAAUGAUGAAGUGAGCGCGAUGUGACACGGGGUCGUGUCGGUGUACUGUAAAUUGUGAACGGACUGGACUCAGAGCUUAGCAUGAUGUGUUUGUCUGUCUGUCUGCUUUACCCCUUACGAAUUCAGAACUUCGUCCUUGUAACAAGGAUCUCGUCAAAUGCAUUGUAAGGUAACUACUUUAUAGUUAUGGAGUUUGUGCUGCAUAACGCAUUGUAAAUAAUGUAGGGGUCCCACGAGGCUCUGUGCACAUUCACUGUAUAUUGUUCUAUAUGAGGUGGAAAUAUGUGUUUGAAGUUGCCCUGGAAACGCGAGCACUUUCAAAACUUGCCAUGGCUGCCGUAUGUUUCUACCAAAAUAUUGCAGUCACCAGGGUUAUGGGUUCUCUUUCUGUGAAAUGUCUUUGUUACUGCAGCUAAAGUAAACAUGACUUUAGUGACUUAGUGUUGGAAAUUGUGAGCGCCACGGUCGUUUUUCGUAAGGGUCGGCAAGGCUUGGCUACUUGUUGAUCAUGUGAUGUGGGAGAGUUGCAUGCAGGUAUCUUUUUGAAAAGGGUAUGAGAAUCAAAUCCCACAUGUGUUCCUUGUAACAAGGAUUUGUGAAAACCGUACGAGUAUGGAUUUAGUUCGCAAUAGUGUUGUAACUAUCUCUUAUUUGAUUCAUGUCAUUCAUCGCUUUAAAUAAUAGCUGAACUCACUCAAUCGUGUUUUUUCUGUGUUGUAAGUUUAUUUGAAAUCCCUAAGCAUGGCAUCUUGUUCAGACUACAUGUAAGCAUGUUUGUUUGUUUGUUUGUUUAUUUCUUUCUUUCUUUUCUGGGAAAAUUUUGUUAUUCCAGAGAGAUUGCCGUGGUCUUUAUUUUUGUACAUUCUUGUU